AUGUCGAGACCCAGGCUUCUAGAUUGCCACCCUGUACAAGACAACGCUAGCACAGACUUUGUCAAGCGGUUCACUAACCAGGAGACGGAGGAACGACGGAAAAAGCGUGCGGCGUCGUUCACUGCCGAGGAGCACGAUGCUCUCCGCAAAAAGUUUAAGACCGUCCACUACAUCAGUCCGAAUUUUGCAGACGAGACCAAGACCAACAUAUCCGUCAUUCGCAGGAAGUGGAAACGGUUCGACUUUUGUGGCCCAUGCUCAAUCAUCCUGUUGCUGAUGUGUCAAACAGCUACUGCGAAGAGCAACACAAGUUAG